ACGUUCAGCGGGACUGUCGGAAAGGCGAGAGUCGGCAUUCGUGAUAUACGGGAACGGAUUAUCCGGGUAAGUAUUGCACGUGACUUGCACGUUACGGGAUUCACGUCAAAAUUAUAGAUGCCAGGUUCGAUACACCUGUUCUCCGCAACGAGACUGUCGAAAUGGCUUUACUGGACACGUGUCGAAUAGAUGCCAAGUUCGAUACACCUGUUCCUCGCAACGGCAGCAACGUCCAAGUCGAAAUGGCUUCAACCAAUCGCUAAUCCAAUCAAUGGGAUUUUGGAAACGGCAAUUGAACGGGAUCUAACUAUGAAUGAGAAUUCUGUCUGGUAGAAGCACUUACACCACGGCUAAUUAGUGACAGUAAACGAUUACUGACAAAACAUUACUAGCUGCGCAAUAUCCGGGAGUGCUGUACGAUUGCAAGUGUAUACGCGACAUUUUUCGUUGUUUUUAAUGCCUCCGAACAGACGGACGGGCUCAGGUUGCGCUGACAAGGGCAUAAGUUAGUGUAAUUGGUUUGUGCUGUGAUUGGAACUUUUUUGCACAGGGAUGCAUAUGAUAACCAACACUCUAGAGCAGGGAGUUUGGAAAUCUACAAACAUCUCUCUAUACAAACUGUACGUGACCUGGCUACACCCCCUUUGCCUCUCCAACCAUCAAACGCAUUUUUAGAUACUUUCUGCUAUAAUCUCUACCUAUAAAGGUUUGUCCGCAACAAUCAAAAUCCCAACCAGAAUCCGUUUCUCAAUAUAGAUGGUGAAGCAGAGGCGUUCUGUGUUGGUGGCAUGGCCGUUCAUUGGACGUGUUGCAUUCCAAGAGAAUGUAUUAAUAUCGAGAGAAGUAGCUUGCUGUCUGAUCGCGAGUGGGAAGCAUUGUACAGCAAAGCUGAGGAAUAUUUGUGUCGCAACGAUGACGUGUUCGAUGAUUCUAUCCGCCAUGUGGUCGUGAUGAAUACCAUUCAGCAUGCGCUUCCAGGCCGUGGUGUACGUAGCCUUCCACUUGCUGUUCAAAGGAAUGAGGACGAUCCAUCACUGGCAGAUGUCGCCAUCUUAGUCGUCGAUGCCCGUCCCUGUGAGUUCGAGGCCGGAUUUCAGGCUGGAGGCCAGACAAGGGAACACUCCGUUUUGGCAAGAUUGUUGGGCGUCACACAGUUAGCUGUUGCUGUAAAUAAAAUGGACGCAAUCGAGUGGUUGCAAGAGCGUUUCAAUGAGAUUGUCCAGAAAUUAGGACAGUUUCUCAAACAAGCUGGAUUUAGGGAAAGCGAUGUGAAAUACAUACCAUGUAGCGGUUUAACUGGCGUCAAUUUGAUACAACUAGCCGAGAAAGACAAACUGAGUAUGUGGUAUAAAGGUCCAUGUUUGGUGGACAGAAUAGAUGCAUUCAAGCAUGUACAGCGUCCGCUCGAGAAGUCAUUUCGUUGUUCUGUAUCAGAUGUAUUUAGAAUUGGUGGAUCGGGAAUUACUGUAAGCGGCAAGAUCGCAUCGGGUCAUAUCCAAGUGGGUGAAGUAGUUGCUGUAAUGCCUGCUGGUGACCAAGCUUUAGUAAAAGCAAUUUCUAUUCACGACGAUUCAACUCAAUGGGCCGUGGCUGGCGACCACGUCUGCAUGACACUGACAGAAAUCGACAUAUCAAAAACGCCUGUCGGCAGCAUGUUGUGCGAUCCGUCGAAUCCUGUCCGGCCGGUUUUGAAAUUCCGCGCUCGAAUAAUCGUGUUCAAUAUUGAAAUACCGAUAACAAAAGGAUUUCCGGUCAUGUUGCAUUAUCAGUCGGUAAAUGAAGCGGCUGUGAUUAACCGACUUGUUAGUGUCUUGAACAAGAACACAGGAGAGGUGAUCGCAAGGAAGCCGAGAUGUUUGAGUAAGCAGUCGACUGCUCUUGUCGAGAUCGAGCCGGCUAGAUCCGUCUGUGUUGAACUAUUUAAGGAUUUCAAAGAUCUGGGACGGUUUAUGUUGCAAUCAGGUGGUACUACGAUUGCAGCUGGGAUUGUAACAGAUAUAAUACAAUAAUAUCAGCAAGUUUA